AUGAUCUUCGGCUUAAAAAAGGUGCCUCACGAUCUUGUAUUUCUGGCGAACCACGACGAAAUUACUCCGGUCAACCUCAUAGGCUCCAAACAAGUCCCAAUUUUGAAACUGGUCAAUGGUCAUGCCUUUCCAGAGAGUAUGGACAUUGUCAAAUAUGUGGAUGAGCACUAUGGCGGACCAGUCUUGCUAGCCCCGUCGUCUAAUCGGCCUGAGCUUACCAAGUGGAUCGAGAACUCAGCCAAUGUGUUUCGAAUGCUGUACCACCCACGAUUUCAUGCGGCUCCACUUGCCGAAUUUGCCAGAAUUGAGAGCCGGGAGUAUUACCGAAUGAAAAAAGAGAAGACUAUCGGCUCUUUUCAGGAUGCGCUAGAUAAUACACCAGAACUUGUCAAGCAGGCCAACACGUUUUUGGCGCAGCUAGCUCCUAUGUUUCACUCAGAUCGCUCAUUUAACGAGACUCUCAGUUAUGAUGAUAUUAACCUCUUCGGCCGUCUGCGUGGGCUCACCCUUGUGCGUGACCUCGAAUGGCCUCCCAAACUCCGCGAGUACAUCGACUACAUGGCUGAGAAGGCUGACAUUCCUUUGUUAGACAACAUGGCCGUGUACUGA